GUCCCGCAGCGCCGUGUGAGGAUUGAUAGAUCUGUGAAUAAGCCAGAGAGUCACUUGAGCUGCAGAGAUGUUGGAGGAAGACAUGGAGGUGGCCAUCAAGGUGGUAGUGGUAGGAAACGGAGCUGUUGGGAAGUCCAGUAUGAUUCAGCGAUACUGCAAGGGGAUUUUUACCAAAGACUACAAGAAAACUAUCGGUGUGGAUUUCCUGGAAAGACAAAUCCAAGUUAAUGAUGAAGAUGUCAGGCUAAUGUUAUGGGACACUGCAGGUCAAGAGGAAUUCGAUGCGAUAACUAAGGCCUACUACAGAGGAGCCCAGGCUUGUGUUCUUGUGUUUUCUACAACUGACAGAGAGUCCUUCAAAGCAAUCCCUACCUGGAAGGAAAAAGUGAUGACCGAAGUUGGAGACAUUCCCACAGUUCUUGUGCAGAAUAAGAUUGAUCUUCUGGAUGACUCUUGUAUAAAGAAUGAAGAGGCAGAAGCACUGGCAAAAAAGCUAAAGUUAAGGUUCUACCGAGCAUCUGUGAAGGAGGACCUCAACGUAACUGAAGUUUUUAAGUAUUUGGCUGAUAAAUAUCUUCAGAGGCUCAAGCAGCAAACAGCUGAAGAACCAGAACUAGUACAUACAAGCAGCAACAAGAUUGGUGUUUUCAAUACAGCCAUUGGAAGUCACCCCAACCAGAAUUCCAACACUCUUAACGGUGGAGAUGUCAUCAACCUCAGACCAAACAAACAGAGAACCAAGAAAAGCAGAAGUCUUUUUAGCAAUUGCAGCAUACCUUAGGCUGCUUUGGGAGGGAAAAGAGCAACCGUGAAUUGGAUGAAGUUGUGCAAUUGAAUACAGAGUAAAGCUUUAGAGGUAUUUUACCAGUGCUUUAGCAAAUCUUGUGCCUAUGGGAUCCUUGCUUGGUGGAUGUAUCUAAAAUUGCUGAUGCGGUGUUUGUUGGUGUGUAGAGUGAGACACCUGGUGGCAAAACGCAGAACUGUGGCUGCCCUGUGCACUUUUCAACAAUUAUUAAGCAAACUUCUCCAUUUUGAAGGCAUUAUUUAUAGAGCUAUGAACUGGGUUUUGCAGAAUUGAGAAGCACAUUUAACGCAAAGAUAAGAUGCACACGUAGGUACAGACCAUAACGUUACGGCCCAAGGUAAAGUAGCAACCUCGUAACUACAUUUCAAAGGCAGUGUUAGCAUUGGUGAGCCAGGACACUAAGAAGACAGCGGAAGAGCAAAGGGAAGACAUCAUGUUUUAUGCCUUUCUCUGUUAGCAUAGAUUCUGGUGGUUCUGUCAGUGCAAUAUACUCACGUCGUAUAUAUAUGUUUGUGGAGGUAUGUAUGUAGAUGUUGGGCAUGAACACUUCGGCUAAAUUCAGGUGUAUUCAACACAUGGAGGUCAGCUACUGACUAUGAAAUAGCAUUUCACAAGAUUUUUUCCUUUUAAAACAUUACCUUUCAGAUGAGGCUUUCCCAACUGCUGCUGUGUGUGUUGAACUCUCUAUACUUGGGCCUGAGCGCUUAGAUGUAAAUACAAACAGUGCCAAAAAUGCUCCUUCUUUUUUACCUAAUGCUGCAUUGCAGAUGUUUGUGUAAGUUUGUUUUUCCUCAGUCUUAAGAGGUUGACCAGAUAAGUGCUUGACACUAAUAGAUAUCCAGAUGGAACAUACAGUCAUAUUCCUGCCCAGGUGCGAUUGCUGUAUCCUGUAUCAUCCACAAAAAAGGAACUUGCAAGGUGUCACAAAAUGCUUCUCUUCUUGGGAGAAACUUCUCAUAGGUCCUGCAAAGUAGGUUACAGAGGAUCCCAAACAUGCAGCUAAUAACCGAUUGACAGUAAUGAGACAUUCCUUAACGUUGUUGCUGCUACUUACAGAGAAUCUAAUUCUGCAAGAUUGGAGACAUGGCAAAAAGAAAUUUCAAAGUACAUAAGUUCAUAGGACUGAUUUAGACAUUUUGGGAGCCCAAAUCUAAAUUAAAGAUAUUUGGGUUUAGGUUCCUAAAUCACUACGGUGCUUUUAAAAAUGCUAAGCAAGAUAUCUCUUAUUUACCAAAAACAAACACUUUUUAAUCCUCUACGGGAGCAUGCAUGCCUUUUAGAAAUACCCAUUUUGUUUACAUGGUUUUGUAUUGUAUUAUAUAAUUUUAACUUUCUAGGGUUUCUAUAUCAAACCUGCCAGUGACAAAUGCAAAAUAUGCUGCUUGGAAAAAAAAUCAGAAUUUUAAUAGUUUUUUAAACAGUGUAUGAGAGUGAGAAUGACUCGACUGAUCCUGUAUAUUUUUGGAGGAAGGACUUUUCACUGUGUGAAUUCGUAUAGGAAGCUGGACUUAUUUUAUUUCUUUGUCAAUGAGUGUGAGAACUGCAAUGUACUCUUGUCCCACUGUCUGCAGGGAAAGAAGUGGGUGGCAAGUUAUGCACAAACACUAUAGAUCUCUGAACGCUGUAUUUGAUGUUUACUCUAUUAGACUUUCUACCACGUACCUUUGUGUCUCUGGCACGCUGUCACAGCAUCUCCAGUUGCUGGCAGGAAGGCGGUCCUGUAGGCGCUCGGUCCCUUUGCUGUUGCAGCAGAAUGUGUUCUUCGCCGUAAUGUUUCCUGUAUUCUCUCUUGGAUAGAUGCCUUCAUUUUUAACAAGUGCAUUUAAUCACUGUAUGUAUGUGUAAAUGGAGUCAAGUCCUACUUGUCAUAACGUUUUAAGUAAGGUACUCACGAAAUGGAAACAAAAAGACUUAUGAUUGUACAUAAUGGGGCCGUCUUACAACUUCAGAAUGUAGGAUAGGUACGUAUUAAGAAUGCUGACAACUGUUUUCAAUAUGGAAACUUUUACAUUUCAUUGCGUGUUUGAUAGUUUAACCUUUAUAUUUGUUUUUUUUCCCGAAAAAGCACACGAACCCACAACGUGUCUGGAGCAUUUUUCUCGCCUUGUUUGACUUUGUAGAGUACUGAAAAACCUUUGUGUAUAAUGACCAUCUGUACUAUGACAUAUCAUUCAUCAGAUGUUGUAUGAGUACAUAAGCCAUUUGUAUUGAAGGUCCUUUGCUAUAAAACUGCUAUUUUAAGGAGUGGAAACUCAAUGGAAAUUUUCAUAGAUGAGAGACUUGCUCAAUUUAGGAUACACUGAAAUUUAGUACACACAUGCUUGAAUCUAGGAAUAUAUAUUUGAAGUGUUGGGCAACAGUGAGUUUUAAUUUCACUCCCCUCAUAAGCUAAAGUGGCUCUUUCUGUGUUGCGAUUUGCAGUGCUCAAUUCCCAAUAUGGCUGAGGUGGAGACUGUCCAAAUUAGCAUUUUUUUUCUGUACUUUUGAUGCUGGUAUUUUCAGUGCACAGAUGUGAACCAGAGGCCUUGCAUAUGACAGGCGUCCAUAGGUAUCCAUGUCACUGCUCAGCAGGAGAGCUGUUUGACUUCUAAAUGAGGAGACGUGCCUACGCUUCCAGCAUUCACAUUGUCACGUGUGAAUAAUUUCAGUCACAAACACUGCCCCCUUCUCCGCUCAGGGCUCUCGUGAAAACCCCAUGUUUUAGGCACCUCUCUGUGCCUACGAGGUGGAAGAGAACACGACCAAGUGUGAUACCUGCUACUGCAUUCAGUGCUCUGUGCACACAUGCCAAUCACGAGUCCAAGUUUUGUUCUGAGAACCUGAGCUAAUUGCGCUCCUGUUACUGAUGACAAAUUACUGAUUACAAUAACUCCUGUGACUGACAUCUCGUGAGUAGCUCACUGGAUAUUUUAUUUAGCUCUUGACAAAAUUGUUUGCUUUUAGCUGAUAAAGCUAACGUGGGUAGAAAACUUCAGUGAAGUAAGCAUUCAUUAAAGGGCCCAACACUAAAGCAUCUGCUGCUCCCACGUGGUAUCCAUUCAGUGAAUGGCUGCUCUCCCUGGGUGCACAGUAGCAGUGCCAGGGAUGUAUUUCCAGCUGGAAACAACAAUCUCAGAGUUGUAAGACUGGGUGCAUUAAGAUUCUUGGGCUUAUGUGUGUGGUUGACUUAAAGAGACAGACAAUUCUGGAGUUCUUUUGUUUUCACCAUUACUUAAGGUGACAUUUACCCUUUGUGAUAAAAAACGUCCAAAUUACUGUCAAAUUUCCUGAUUAAUUUCCUUAUACUUCGGUAAAAUCAGUCUAUUUUUUCAAUGUUGGGCACAUCUGAUGUUUUUAUUUGCAUCAGUUCUGUAGAUGUGCGUUAUUCUAAAGGGAUUUGAGUGGCUGAACACGCAGUAUGGCUCUGAGGUUAUACCUGGGUACAUGCACAAUGCCAGUGAACAAGCUGGUAGCUACCAGUUAAUGAGUAACAGAAUUAAUUACUUGCACUGCCAGACCCUCUUGCAGGAAUUCAGUCCUAUAUCAGGUGAACAAACCUGCUGCCUGGUACUUAAGUCCCUAAAUCUAAUCUCAAGCCUCUGGCUAAGGCUGUAGCUCCUGAAAUCAAACUGCAUGCAACACAGAGAGCAAGAGUGGUCUAAGAAGCUUAACUUCAUCAAAACCACCACACCUGCGGUAGGAAGUAACCAUUGAGUAUAUCUUUUUUUAUGCUGAAGUAGUAUCUGACCAAAGAAAGUACUAAUACAUGACUGAAUCUUACUGGCAAGUUCACGUGCUUUAAGUGGUUAAAGCAGACAGGGACAUAACUGCGUUUAUCACCUUCACAAACUUCAAGUAAAUGUAUUCUAUUUUUACAAAGAACUCAUCGUAUCUUACAGUAAACUCACAAGUGGUAAAAUAAAUGUUUAAAAAUGAAUAUUCUGUGCACACUGUUCCUGUACAAUUCCUACAGCUUAAUUCUGCUGCUCCCGUAAGUGACACCGGUUGUUGCAUCGUGUGCCUUUACUGUGUUUCUCUGAGUACCGCUCAGUGUUUUUGUGGUCAUAUUAAAGUGUCAGCGUAUUAAAUAGCAUGAAAUUGUCACAA